AAAUCUAGAGGGAAGAAUUUGGAGGACCUUAAAAGAAAACACUCUUUGUUCUGUCACACAGGUACCUGAGCAGAAGUGUCAGGAGUACGGACAGACAGACUCAGCAUCACAGCAACAAUGACCUCAUCAGUCCUGGGGAUGAUCAAGGAGGAGGUGACCUGUCCUAUCUGUCUGGACCUCAUGGUGGAGCCUGUGAAUGCAGACUGUGGUCACAGCUUCUGCAGAGCUUGCAUCACACUGAACUAUGAGUCCAUCAAAAUCAAAAAAGGGGAGGGUGUCUGCCCUGUGUGCCAAGUUACUUACCUGUUUGGGAAUCUGAGGCCUAAUUGGCAUGUGGCCAACAUAGUGGAGAGGCUAACAGGGCUCAAGACAAGCUCAGGGGAGGAGCAGAAGGUGAAUGUCUGUGCAAAGCAUGGAGAGAAACUCCAGCUCUUCUGUGAGAAGGACAUGAUGGCCAUCUGCUGGCUUUGUGAGAGAUCUCAGGAGCACCGUGGUCACCAAACAGCUCUCAUUGAAGAGGUGGCCAAUAAGUACAAGGAGAUGCUUCAGGCUGCCCUGGAGAUGCAGAUGGCUAAUGAGAAAAGAUGUGACCAGUGGGAAGACGACCUUCAACAAGAGAGAACUUCCUGGGAGAACCAAAUACAGAGUGAGGUAGGAAACGUUCAGAAGGAGUUUAAAGGACUGCGGGAAUUCCUGGACUCCAAGGAGAUGAAUGAAGUGGAAAAGCUGAUGCAAGAGAAGGAAGACACUAUGAACAGCCUGGCAGUGUCUCAAAAUGAGCUGGUGAAGCAGAAGGAGUCAGUGAGAGACCUCAUCUCAGAUCUGGAGCAGCGGUUGCAGUGCUCAACCAUAGAGAUGCUACAGGGUGUGAAUAGUGUCCUAACAAGGAGUCAGAACUUAAGACUGAAACAGCCCAAAACGGUCCCAAGUAAACAGAGAAAGAUCUUCCGAGCUCCGGAUCUGAAGGGCAUGCUGCAAGUGUUUCAAGGGUUCCGGGAUGCCCAGCGCCACUGGGUUCACGUGAUCCUGCAACAACCCAAAAAUAAAAACAUUGUCAUUAACGUGAACAAAAGACAAAUACAACAUAGAAGUGGUUAUAGAAGAACUUUGCAAGUUUCUGAGUCCUAUGAUUUAGGUAUCCUGGGGUUUCCAGCUCUGCGCUCAGGGAAACAUUACUGGGAAGUAGACGUGUCUAGAUGUGAUGCCUGGCUCCUGGGAAUAAAUGACGGAAGAUGUGCUCAACCCCAGUUUAGUACAGUGAAUGAAAAGGGCUUCAGAGUCAAAUAUAAUUCUGAUGUUAACCAAGAUGUAAAUUAUCAGCCCAAAUGUGGCUACUGGGUUAUAGGGAUGACGGACAGGUCUGUAUAUAAUGCCUUUGAAGAGUGUUCUGUUACCCACAAUGCCAGUGUCUUGCUCCUCUCUCCGACUCAUCCUCCCACUCGUGUUGGAGUUUUCCUGGACCGAGAAGCUUGCACUCUCUCAUUUUAUGAUGUUUCCAACCAUGGAGCUCUCAUCUACAGAUUCUAUGAACCGAACUUCCCUAAUGCAGUUUAUCCAUAUUUUAAUCCUAUGAUGUGUUCAAAGCCAUUGACAGUCUGUGGGCCACCUUCCUAA